UGUUCUCAUAUGAACACACGAAUGUUAAUAAUUUUUAUCGAACAUUAUUUCAGUUGUGCGGACUUCUCGGUCAAGUCCACAUCUACUCGCGUUUUUCGCACCAAAAAAAAUGCCGAUUUUUUCACUCAAACAAUGACUUUUAAUAUCCAUCAUUAUACACCGACCCAAGUGAUUAAAAUGAAACAAUAAAAGUUAAUUGAAAGCGAUACAAAAUCGCAUUUUCCGAGUGAGUUUUGUGUGAGAAACCGCGGGUUUUGUUUGUGUACACAUAUUAAAACAGUCGUCAUGGUAGCCGAGGGUGAUAUAAUAUGUUUACAAGAGAGCCACAGCGAUGAGGAGGGGAAGUAUGUGAGGAAAAUGGCCCAAUCGGAAGUGAACAAUAACGUCACGUAUGACAGAGAAGGGGUGAUAGUGAAGAACGGGAUUUUGCUGGAGAAUAGAGACUGUUGCAGUAAUGUUUUUCGUUAUAGGACGAUACAGGAUCCGGCUAGCCAAAGACUGACAUGGUACAAACCUCCGUUGACAGUUCUUGUAAUAAAGAAGGUUAGAGAUGCUGCAGUGUACCUUCCUUUUGUGCAGUUGGUUCAAUGGCUCAUAGAGGAAAAACGAAUGGUGGUUUUCGUGGAGGCUGCCGUCAUGGACGACCCACACCUGGACCAAAUCGGGUCGUUCACCACCUUCAAAGACCGCCUGAUGACGUUCAGACUAGGCAAGGACGAUCUGACAGACAAAAUCGACUUUAUCGUGUGCUUGGGCGGAGACGGAACUCUGCUGUACGCCAGUCAGUUGUUCCAGCAAUCAGUGCCGCCCGUGAUGGCUUUCCAUCUGGGUUCGUUGGGGUUCCUUACGCCUUUUAGGUUCGACAAUUUCCAGGAACAAGUGAACAAUGUCCUUGAAGGACAUGCGGCUUUAACGUUAAGAAGUAGAUUAAGGUGUACUGUGAUGAAGAAAUCCGACUCCAAGACGGAAAAUUCUAGCAAAAUCGAGGAUGAAUGUUGUAGAGAAAAGCCUUCGAGUUUUCUGGUGCUCAACGAAGUGGUCGUGGAUAGGGGACCGUCUCCGUAUCUGUCCAACAUCGAUUUGUUUUUGGACGGGAAACAUAUCACUUCUGUCCAAGGAGAUGGCUUAAUAGUAAGCACGCCCACAGGAAGUACAGCCUAUGCUGUGGCUGCUGGUGCCUCUAUGAUCCACCCCAGUGUUCCAGCUAUCAUGGUUACCCCCAUUUGUCCCCAUUCUUUAAGUUUUAGGCCUAUAGUUGUACCUGCGGGAGUCGAAUUAAAGAUUUCAGUUUCUCCCGAAAGUAGAAAUACGUCGUGGGUUUCUUUUGACGGCAGAAAUCGGCAGGAACUCGUUCACGGUGACAGUUUACGAGUCACGACGUCUAUCUACCCCGUGCCGAGCAUCUGCGCGCACGACCAAAUCACCGAUUGGUUCGACUCCCUAGCCGAGUGCCUUCACUGGAACGUCAGAAAACGACAGAAACACCUGGACGAACUCACCGAUCUCACUCAUUCCAGUUCCAACGACACGCUCGACUCGCUCGACAGGGAAUUGAACGAAAAAGAAUAAAAAUACAUUUUGAAAACGAAUACACAACAGCAAUUUAUUUAUUACAAUACGGUGACAGAGUGUACGCGUCUAACCAGUUUUUAACCAGAGAAUUUUAAAAAAUGUCUAUACCUAUGUGGCGGAUUCAUCUCUCCAAAAAAUCCUAUAUGGAUAUUUCGCCACUGCAAGAAAAUCUACAAAAUAAAAUAGUUAUUUUUUAUAGACACUGCUGCGUUCCAAUCCGAUCGGAAACUACUAGUUAGGUUUACAGAUAUACAAAUUUGCCUAACGAACAAAAAAUGCUUAACGUUUCGGAAAAUUUAUCUCUUUCCGUCGUCGGAAGCAAAAAAAAUGCAAAGA